GCUGAUAGCCGCGCCGCCUGUGGGGGGCGUUACACAGCUGCGCCAACUAUAACCCAAGCGGCGCGCGCUCACACAGAGCACUCACUCAGCCCGAGCAGACGCGCGCGCACAAGGAAGAGAGAGAGAGAGAGAGAGAGAAAGACAAGAACCGAUUCGACGCGAAUAAAACAAAGAAUAGAACAUGAGAUCCGUCUACCAGCUGCUCAGCCUGCUGUACGUGUUCGGCAGCUUGCGCGUUCACGAGCUGGAAGCUUGCUCGUGCGCGGUCUCGCACCCGCAGGACGCCUUCUGCAGCUCGGAUGUCGUGAUCCGGGCCAAAGUGGUGGGGAAGAAGUUGCUGAACGAUGGACCGUUUGGCACCAUGCGCUACACAGUCAAGCAGAUGAAGAUGUACAAAGGAUUCAACAAAAUCCAGCAUGUCCAGCACGUUUACACAGACGCUUCAGAGAGCCUGUGUGGAGUCAAGUUCGACAUUAACAAAUACCAGUAUUUGAUUACAGGUCGCGUGUACGAGGGAAAGGUUUACACAGGACUCUGCAACUUUAACGAGAGGUGGGAGCGUCUGUCACUCGCUCAGAAAAAAGGAAUGAACCAUCGCUACCAACUGGGCUGCAACUGUAGGAUUAAGCCUUGCCACUUCUUGCCCUGCUUCGUGACCUCAAAGCACGAGUGCCUGUGGACGGACAUGCUGUCACACUUCGGCUAUCCUGGAUACCAGUCACGUCACUAUGCCUGCAUCCAGCAGAAAGAGGGCUACUGCAGCUGGUACCGGGGCAUGACCUCUCGUGACAAAACCAACAUAAACACCACGGACCCGUGAAAAAUCCCAUCAGUCUUGUUUUUUUUUUUUUCUUUUUCUUUUUUUCUACUACCCAUGAAACCGAUCAUUGUUUUUUUUCCCCCCCUCUACAAGUUUCCCUUCCUUGUUUCCAGAAUAUACAGAAAAUAGAGGAAGGACAAAAAUACAUGCCGAAUGACAAUGAUAUUGAUAUGAAUGCCUGUGGUAGCACUUUAGAGGUAAAUCAUACCUGUGUUUGAACGCAUACUAUAUUUACAUACAUAUUUGCAGAGACACACAGAGACCAAGCAGUGAAUCCCCUCAAAGGAGAGGGAUAGACGGAGAGACAGGAAAUGAAUCAGGGUAAACGACAGCUCUCAGUCCUUAUCAGCGAUUAGAACUCGUGUCAUGAGUACAGCCGAACGUACCAUGUGACCUACAGUAUGAUGUACUGGGUUCAGACAGAAACAUCUAGAAAAUUCUCCAUGCGUUCGCUCUUCAUGACACGCUAAAACUCAAGAUGUGUUUAUUUUUUCCAUACCUCUUAUUGGUAUGUAUACCGAUGCCAUAUUUCACUUUCUAUUCGUGUUUCGUGAUUAAGUUUCGAGAACUUUUAAUAUUCAGACGAUUACAUUUUAAUUGUAGAUUUUUUUUUUUCAGUCCCUGGCAAUUUCUCACCUCAUCUUAUUGUUUCUUUUUGAGACUGCACUAAACAAGAUUUCUAAACUGCUGCCUCUUUGGCGAUAAAACCAUUUUUCCAUCACUCCAUUUUAUGUUUUUUUUAUAUAUAUAUAUAUAUAUAUAUAUAUAUAUAUAUAUAUAUAUAUAUAUAUAUAUAUAUAUAUAUAUAUAUAUAUAUAUGUAUAUAUACAUACAUACAUAUAUAAAGCAAUAAGUGUUACUGUGAAAAGGUUGGGUGCCAGACACAGCAUCACUUAACACAGCACAAUGUAGAGCACAACGAUCUGCCGUGAUAUUCAGUACAGUAUCAUACUUACAGUUCGAUCCGUUCAGACGUUAAAAAUGAACGAAAGCAAUACCGCUCCUCUUUCCGAAGCAGUUUUCCUGGUCAAGUGUUAUUUUUUUAUUAUUUAGAACGAUAUGAUUAACUGUAUAGAUCCACCAUGUAUGCUGUAUAAUAUCUAUUUAUACUGUAAGUGAUCCUUUUUGCCUGCCUCCGACUUUGUGCUGUAGUUGUUCCGACUUUUCCUAAUAUAAUCCUCUGCAUUCAAAGUUUUAUUUGUUCGAAUAGUCACGAACGAUAACAGAGUUAUAAUGUAUAUUUUUUACAGGUCAAUCCGCAUAGCACACUCUGUGGGGAACAGUUAUUUUUAUGAACAGAGCAUUUUUAGUUCAUUUUGUCAUUUGUUCCUCUCGCUCGUUAUGGUAUAAGCUAAGAUAAAGAUGACCUGACUAAAACCUCUGUCGCAUUCAGAGAACCGAGAGAGUUAAUGCUUUAGAUGAACGUUAUUCCGUGGUGUAGAACAGAAUCAGCUUUCUGCCCUGCACUGAUUUGUAUUCACAACUGAGCUUAAUCUUAACUGAGAACUAAACUGCCCCAUAGUGUGUUACAAGAAAAGGUGACAAAAUCCCAGAACCCAAAGUCAAGUCUGUGCCACUUGGUAUUUUUCUGAAGAAAAAGUAAUACAACGACGGCAAUGUUAUUCAUGUUAAUUUGACGGUACUUCUCUCCUGGGAAAAUGAGCUGGCUGGUACUAACAAAGUGUCUUUUCAUAACCGUACACCGUACAAUAAGAGGUUUUAGUUUUGGUAUAAGUUUUGAAUUUCUGUAAAAAUAUUGACCUGUUUGAAAUGGACAGAUGCAAAUAUCGUCGAUUUCUGUUGUCGUCGUCGUCGUUACUAAGCUCUUGUUUGGUCUUUUUCAUCUUCACCGUAUUCACAGUAUCUUCAGUUCAUUCCUCUAUAUGAGACCAAGAUGCCUCCAACAGAAACUAUUCAGUCAUGAAAUGCCAUUUCCAAUGAAGGUUUGCAUUAAGAACUGAACAUUAGUUUAAAAUAAUAAUAACAUAACAAAUAAAAAAUAAACAAUUCACAGCAAAAUCAAGGCCAUCUUACGGAACCCUGAUGCAACUGAUAAAAUGAAUUGAACCAGACAAAUACUCUUCAAGAUUAUAAAGAACUACUGCUGUUGGAAUUAAAAAUACACCUUAUUAAUUUCUGUAAUUAUCCAUAUUCAAAAAACAUGAGGCAUCUUAGUCUCCAUCACUUUAUACUGUCUGUUUUACACACCUUUCAGUCAAUCGUGUCUUGAAUAUAAUUAAUAGAACAAUCAAGGCUUUUAUUUUAAAUGUACUGUGCGUGCGUGCGUGUGUGUGUGUGUGUGUGUGUGUGUGUGUGUGUGCACUGAGUUGUAAGGGGAAAUUACUUUUCUUUGUAGGAGCUUACAGAAAUGUUAUGAUUUUUAAUUUCUCUUUUAUAUUUUUAUAAUAAAGAUUUAAUGAAAAUUGCAUUUGUGAACAUGUCCUAUUUAACAAAAUGUAUGUUUAUACUUUAAAUCAAACGAAUACGUGCCUCGAUCCGGGCAAAGUGUAUGUAUAUUAUAUCAGAUUUUAUGUCUAAAUAAACACAUUGAGUUGGUUCUUGUA